AGCAGAGGCUCAGCUGGAGGGAGAAGCUUCUUGCUGAGGCUCCCCUUCCCCAGCCACCAUGAGCGCGUACGGCUCCCAGCAGCAGCUCAACGCGCGCAGGGCCGGCUCCAGGAGCGACCUGGCCGGGGCCGGCACCUAUUACGCACGGAGCGACGUGGCGCAAGGAGGCGGGAGCGCGUACGACAAUCUCGUGGAAGGACACAGAACCUAUUCGGUUUCUAGGACCAUGCCCAGAGGGUCAGUGACGAGGACUGGGGCGGUCCAGGGAGGCCGGAACGAACAAGACCUCUUCGUGGACGGUUACAGAACCUACUCGGUUUCAAAGACGAUGCCAAGAGGGGGUGCGAUUAGCACCUCCAUGCCCAACUUCUACCAGAAAGCUGCCAUUCUGCAGAACCAGUGCAUGGAGUACCUGAAGAAGGCCGAGGUCUCCAUUCAGGCUGGCAAUACCUCGGGAGAUGUAGAGUACUACAUGGGCAAGGUGAGAGAGACCAUCGACUCUCUAAAGUCGUGCGGUAUGGAAAUGUACCAGACUGGACAGCCUGCAGAUAGUGUCUUCAAGAGCGUGGACAUUUACAAUGACCAGCUGAAGGGGGUCAAGAAGGCCAUGGUGAGCACCCUACAGAGGAGGAAGAGCGCCAGAGGAGGGAGUUCUGGAGGCUGGGAGGAACCUGGAAGGAGCUUCUAUGAUGCUAUGGCUUGGAUUGCACAGCAAAAGCGUCUGAUAGAAACAGCUCCCUGGGGUGACGAUCCUGCAGCCAUAGACCAGCAGCUCAUCAGCCACCAGAAGUUUCACAGCUCCAUCCAGAGAUCCGUGGAGAUGGACCGGGCCAGAGACGAGCUGGUAAAGAAAGGGGACAAAGCGAACUCUAAUGCUCUGGCGCAGGAGUGGGACAACCUUCAGCAAAUGUCACAUGACCGGACCAGGCAGCUGCGAGACCUCCAGCAGAUACUUCAGCAAAUCUCCAGUGAGAUCAUGUGGGUGAACGACAGGGAGGAGGAGGAGCUGAUGUUUGACUGGGGAGACAAAAACGUCGAGCAGUACAUCCCCAAGAAGCAGGAGAGCUACUCGAGACUGAUGAGUGCUCUAGAAGACAAGGAGAAGGAUCUGUACAAACUGAAAACCAAAGUGGACACCCUUUUGAAAACCAACCACCCAGCCGCUGACAAGAUUGAGGCUUACAGGGACACUCUGCAGACUCAGUGGAGCUGGCUUCUUCAAAUUACCAAGUGCAUUGACGUCCAUCUGAAGGAGAAUGCAGCUUACAGCCAGUUCUUCAAAGAGGUGAAUGACACAUACAAGUCUUUACAAAAAGAACACGAUACAGUUCGUAAGAAGUUCGUUUGUGACAAGAACACUUCACUUGAGGAACUGAAGGAGAUCCUUCAAGACAUGGAGCUGGAAAGGGAAAAGAUUCGGGAUCACAAGCUGCAGGUGCAACACUUGGUGAACAAGUCGAAGAACAUCGUGAGGCUGAAACCCAGAAAUCCUGAGGAGAAGAGCAGCGGCAUCAUCGUCAAAGCUUUGUGUGACUUUAAACAAGACCAGAAAAUGAUCUGUAAAGGCAACGAGGCCAUUCUGAAGGACAACAGUCAGCGCAGUAAGUGGCACGUAACGGGUCCAGGAGGCCUGGAUAUGUUGGUCCCCUCAGUGUGCCUGAUUGUGCCACCUCCUAAUCCACUGAGUGUCAAUUAUGCUAUCAAGAAUGAGCAGUAUUACGAGUCCAUCCUGGCCAUCUGGAAUCAACUGUACAUCAAUGUUAAGAGCCUCAUUGCCUGGCACUACUGUCUCCUGGAUAUACAAUACAUCAACUCCCUCACCAUCUCCAUGUUGUCCAAGAUGCGUCCUGAGGAGUACCGACAAAUCCUCAAGAACCUAGAGGCCCACUUCGAGGAGUUCAAACUGACCAGCCAUGGUUCUCAGAUGUUUGGUGAUGAGGACAAGAGGAUCAUUGAAAACCAAUUUACUGGAGCGCAAACCCACUAUGAAAAACUGGUGGUGGAGCUGCCUAUGCAUGUUACGACUCAGGAGCAAAUAGAAGAAGAGGAAACUAUUGAUGUAGAACAGCAACAACAGCAGCUGAUUCUUUUGCAGCAACAAGCUGUUGAGCAACAACCCCAACAGCACCUGAUUAUAUUACAGCAACCACCUGAGCAACAGCACCUGAUUAUAUUACAGCAACAGCAACAACAAGCUGCUGCAGAAGAAGAGGCAAGGAGGUUGGAGGAAGCCAGAAGGCUGGAGGAAGCCAGGAAGCUGGAAGAAGCUAGGAGGCUGGAAGAAGCUAGGAGGCUGGAAGAAGCUAGGAGGCUGGAUGAAGCUAGGAGGCUGGAUGAUGAGAGGCGGCGAGUGGAGCUUAAAAAACAGACAGUGAAGAAAACAGAAGUGAAGAAAGAGACGAUAGCAAAAGAGCAACAGAUCAAGAAGGAAACAGUAAAAGUCACUAAGACAGAGCAAAGCAAAAGGACAUCAUCUUCUUCUCUCUCCUCCUUGUCAUCUCAUCUCUUAUCAGAGCUGCACACUCUCAGACUGAGGAUAGAGUCAGCAGAGAGUAUGCUGAGUCAGUACGUUCAUAUCUCCUUCGGAGAAGAUGGAGCUCGAGACUGUAGCCUUAAGAUCACCAAGCUAGAGUAUGUGCAGCGUGAUGUUGAUGUGAUGCGUGAAGAGUAUCUGCAUUUGAGGGACCGUAUUUUGAAGGUACUGGAUAACAUGAAUGAUUCGGAUAAAGCCCAGUUCCUCCGCAACGAGAUUGGAAUAAUCAACCAAAAGCUGGGCAGUCUAGAAAGCAGCUCAUCAGCUUAUGUACAACGGCUGUGGGCUCUAAAGGACAUGCUGGAGAGCAUAGCAAGAGCUGAGGACAUUGUGAAAGUUCACGAGGCAAGACUGACCGAAAAAGAGACCACUUCUCUGUCUCCAGAUGAUGUCAAUGAAUACACAGUGAUCUUGAAGAACAUGAAAGCAGAGUUGGAUCAGAAGAAAGAAGUUCUGACAUGUAUGGAGGCAGAAUUGUCAAAGGCGAACCACUGGAACAGCCAGGUGGGGAGCUCCUUCCACAGGUGUGACUUGAUGCUGUCAAAAUACACUGAACAGGUGGGCCUGCUGACCAACCGCUGGAGACGAAUCCAUGAUCAGAUUGACACCAGACUCCAGGACCUGCAGUUGUAUCUGCCUCAGCUGCAGCACUACAAUGAAACCAACACCUCCCUAACUGAAUGGAUUGAUAACACUCGGAAAAAACAGGACACCCUUCAGGCCACCAAGAUAGAGAAUGUCCAAGCACUGAAAGACCACAUUAGCAACCAAAAGGCCUUGAACACAGAAAUCAAAGCAAAGAGGGAGACAGUAGAUAGUGUGCUGAGGGACAAUGAAACAUGUGUGAAUGCUAUCAAGGACUAUGAAACCGACCUUGCCUCUUAUACCUCUGGUUUAGAAACUUUGCUUAACAUCCCCAUCAAGAGAACAAUGCUGAAGUCCCCAUCAAUGGAUCUUAAUCAAGAAGCUUCACAAUUACAGACUCGUUACAUGGAGUUGCUUACACUGUCUGGUGACUACUACAAGUUCUUGGGACAGUUGCUUAAAAACAUGGAGGAGCUCAAGAUACGCAACACCCAGAUUGAACUGCUGGAAGAAGAACUUCGCCUGCUGAAGGAGAACAUGCAAGACCGCAACGCCAAGAACAGAUCACUGGAAGAUGCUCUUGCUCGAUAUCAGCUGGAGCUGUCCCAGUCAAAGGACCAGUUGCUGUCACUGGAAGAGGUGAAGCAAAGCACAGUGCUGCAGUGCAGUGCCACGAAGAACAGCCUAGACUCCACUCAGAGUCAGCUAGCAGACCUCAAUGAUGAGGUGGCACGCCUCAAAUACUUGCUGGGUGAAGAAAAAAGAAAGACAAAGUUGGCAGAAGAGCGCUACACUCAGCAGCAAGAAGAGUAUGAAUCAGUGCUGAGGAAAAGGCAAAAAGAGCUGGAAACAAUCAGCUGGUCCAAGGUGGAGGUGGAAAAGAGUGUUACAAACAAGGAGCAUGAGAUUGAGCAGCUGCGGCGGCAGCUGAAUGAGGAAGCAACAAGGUCAAAGGAGCUACAGAAAGAAAUAUCAAAGGUAAGGAGGCAUUUCAGUACAGAGAUCAAUAACUUAAAACUCGGCUAUGAGUCCCACAUCCAGAUCAGUCGCACAGACAUUCAGAGACUGGCAACCCAGAGGGAUGAGGAUACAGCUGAGCUCCAGCUGCAGUAUGACAGAAUGGAGGCAGAGAGGAGGAAUCUGGAGGAGGAACUCAUGUUGCUCAGGAUAUCUAUAAACCAGGCUGAGGAGCUAAAGACAAAUGCAGAGGAUGAGGCUCGCAAUCAACAGGCCAUGCUCAUAGAAGAAGGGUGCAGAAGGAGGGAAAUGGAAAAUCAAAUGGAGUUACUAAUAAGGCAGAGAGAUGAAGAAAUUAGCCAGUAUAGAGAGGAGUUUACUAAAGUCAUGAAGACCCUGAAAGAGAAGAGUGAACAACUAGUUUAUGUAACUCACAGUUUAGAGGAGGAGACCCGCAGGAGAACAACCACAGAGGAAGGGCAGGCUGUACUUGAGAAGUCUUUAGCAGAGAUCCAGCUAAAGCUAACCAACUCAUCAGUGGCUACAACCCAGCUAAGAGAGUAUGAGGAAGAACUUCUGCAGACACGUUUACAGCUGGAAAGAGAAGGUAAAGAGCGAUACAGAUUAGAACAAAUCAUGUGCAGGUCACAGGGACGAAUUAAAGACCUGCAGACUGUGAGAGAUGGACUUGAGAGUCAGGUGGAAAAUCUAAGGCAGACUCACCAAGAGGAGGUGAGCCGAAGAAUGCAAGUGGAAGCAGAGCUGGAAAAGGUCACCAUGACCAUAACAGAGUACACCAGUACCAUCACCCAACUGCGCCAAAGCCAGGAACAAGUCAGCACAUCAAAAAAGAGCAAUGAAGAAGAGUUACUUAGGCUGAAGGAGGAGCUUGAGAAAAGCUUGAAACAAAACCAGAAUAAUUCAAAGCUCAACAGUCAACAGGUUGUUGAACUGAACACCCUGAAGCAGCAACUUCUGCAUGAGCAGGUCCGAGUCAAAGAGACAAGUCUCAGAAAUGAGGCUCUUUCCAAGACUACUGAAGAGAAAUGUAAGGAACUUAAUGAGAACAUUGCUGAACUUCAGAGGCUGAAGGAGAUGAUAGAAAAUCAGAAUAAAGAAAAGUUGAGGCUGGAGGAAGAGCUGAGAAAAGCACAACAAAAUAAAGAAGAACUCCUAAGAUCCAAAAAGGGACUAGAUGAUGAGCUCUCCUCUCAGGUUACUGCCCUGGAAUUGCAGCUGCAAGCCAGUGAGUGCAGCAAUGUAGACUACCGCAACCUGGUCUCAGAACUCUCCUCUGAGCGGGAGAAACUGAAGUUGGAGGCAGAGAAAAUACAAAAGCAGGUCACAGAGACAAAAACAAUGGCGCAAUCCCUUCAAUCCCAGUAUGGUGAAAUUGUAAUUGAGAGAGAUGCUCUCUUGCUGAAACUGCAGAGGUUGGAAAUGGACAGAGAACAACUCCAAAGACUAGAGGAAGAACUCAGUCGCAUAAAGCUGUCUCUGGAUUCUGAGCUUCGUAACAAGCAACGUAUCCUAGAAGAAAGUGAGAGGGUGAAAAGAGAUUUAAAUUACUGGAAGGAUCAAUGUGACGGAAAACAAAGCAUAAUCAGACAAUAUGACACAGACAAGGAUAUUCUUGAUCGGGAAAAGAAAUCCUUGAAAAGUGAGAUAGAGAGGCUGAAAAUGGAACACAGGGAGCUUGAGGAUAUGCAUACAAGUAAACUUUUAGUCCUACAGAAAGAGCUGCAAGAGACAGCAGUUGUUAGACAAACCACACAGACUGAACUAAAAAGAACUAGGGAGCCCCCAGCCCCUGAAGCUUCCUCUGUGAUAUUUGAUGGAGUUCGCAAGUCAGUCACAGCAAAGCAAUUACUUGAAUGUGGAGUUUUGGAUGAACCAACAUUCAACCAGCUUUCAAAAGGACAUAAGACCAUUCCUGAGGUGUCUACUGAGAAAAGGGUACCUUUAAAGGGAACAGGCCCAAUAGCUGGGGUGAUAAUUGAAGGUCCUAAAACUCUAGGGUCCAGCAAUAGGCCUGUUUGCAAAAUGACAUUCACAGAAGCCAAGAAAGAAAAUCUUCUCCCACCUGAUAGCAUUGACUUACUACUAGAUGCCCAAGCUGCUACAGGUCACAUCAUUGACCCUAGAACUAAUCAGAAGUUGACUGUAGAAGAAGCAUGUAAUCAAGGAGUUGUUGAUGAUGAAGACCAAGAGAGAUUGUUGGCAGCAGAAGCAGCAGCUGUAGGAUACAGUGGACCUGGCACAAAUAAACCUCUCUCAGUAUUUCAAGCCAUGAAGAAGGGACUUAUUGACAAGAACACAACUCUCCGUCUGUUACAGGCACAGGAGUCUGUCGGAGGGGUUCUAGAUCCUGUACUCAGUGUGUUCCUUCCAAGGAACUCAGCCAUUGAGCGUAACCUGAUUGAUGAUAACAUUUGUUAUGCUUUAAAUCAGAGGCCUGAGCUCUAUCUAGAUCCAGAAACAGAGGAAGGUGUGACUUACAUGUCAAUGAAAAGGAGAUGUAAAAUAGAGCCACACACAGGCCUUUUGCUUCUUCCCAUUCCUGAGAAGGUGGACCCUUCCAAACUUGUUUUUGAUGGUGUUCGGAAAUCUGUCACCGCCAAACAGCUGCUUGAUUGUGGUGUCCUUGACAAGCCAACAUUUAAAGAUCUAGAAAAUGGAAAGACAACAGUCCCGGAGGUGUCUGUAGAUAAAAACAUCAAUCUGAAAGGAACUGGACCCAUUGCAGGUGUUAUUGUGGAAAAACAAGGUAAAAUGUCUUUGCCUGAAGCUAAAAAACAAAUGUUACUGCCUGAAGAAAGUGCAGAUUUGCUAUUAGAGGCUCAGGCUGCCACAGGUCACAUAAUUGACCCCAAAGCCAACCAAAAACUGACUGUAGAUGAAGCCUGUGCUAAAGGUGUAGUAGACACUAUUGAUCGAGACAGAUUAUUGGAAGCAGAGGCUGCAGCAAUAGGCUACAAGGAUCCUAACGUAGCCAAGCCUAUCUCAGUGUUUCAGGCCAUGAAGAUGAGAAUGAUUGAUGAGAAGACUGGAUUACGCCUACUUCAAGCACAACAAUCAGUAGGAGGAAUUCUAGAUCCAAAUCUUAGUGUUUUCUUACCUGAAGACACAGCAAUAAAGCGCAAAAUUUUAGAUAAAAAUAUUUGUCAGGCUCUAAACCAGCACCCUGAAUGUUACAUUGACCCAGAAACAGAGACAAAUGUUACUUAUGAAACGUUAAAGAAACAAUGCAAAAUUGAACCUCACACAGGUUUGCUACUUUUACACAUAAUGGAUAAGUUGGAUCCAUCCAAACUGAUAUUUGAUGGUGUACGUAAGCCUGUAACAGCGAAACAACUACUUGAUUGUGAGAUCAUUGAUAAACCAAUAUUUACCCAAUUAAUUAAAGGGGAAAAAACUGUUGCAGAGGUGUCUGUGGACAAAAAGAUUUUUCUAAAAGGAACUGGGCCAAUUGCUGGAGUGGUGGUUGGACCAUCAGCCAAAAUGUCUUUAUCGGACACCAAGAAACAAAUGCUCAUAUCUCAAGAAAGUGCAGAUAAACUGCUAGAAGCUCAGGCUGCCACAGGUCACAUCAUUGACCCCAAAACUAACCAGAAACUAACUGUAGAAGAAGCAUGUGCAAGUGGAGUGGUGGAUAAAUGUGAUCAAGAUAAACUGUUAGCAGCUGAAGCUGCUGCUGUGGGCUAUCCAGACCCUCGAACUGGUCAAUCUCUUUCUGUGUUUGAAGCAAUGAAGAAGGGAACAAUUGACAAAAAAACUGCAAUAGGUUUGCUACAGGCCCAAGAGUCUGCAGGUGGUAUUCUAGAUCCCAACCUCAGUGUUUUCCUUCCUAGAGACACUGCUAUAAAACGUAACCUUUUAGAUCAAGACAUCUGUCAUGAACUGGACAAGAAUCCUGUGUGUUACCUUGAUCCAGACACUGAACGUGACGCUAGCUAUGGAACAUUGAAGAAAAAAUGCAAAACAGAGCCUCACACAGGUCUGCUUCUUUUGCCACUUGCUGAAAGAAAAGAUCCUUCCAAACUGAUUUUUGAUGGCGUACGCAAGCCGGUGACAGCAAAGCAACUACUUGAUUGUGAGGUCCUGGACAAACCAACAUUUAAUCAGUUAGUUAAAGGGGAAAAAACUGUUGCAGAGGUGUCUGUGGAUAGAAAGAUCUUCCUAAAAGGAACUGGACCAAUUGCUGGAGUGACAGCAGGAUCUUUGGGCAAAAUAUCUUUAUCAGAUGCUAAGAAACAGAUGCUUAUGUCUCCUGAAAGUUCAGAUAAACUUCUAGAAGCUCAGGCUGCCACAGGACACAUCAUUGACCCCACACUAAAUCAAAAACUAACUGUGGAAGAAGCAUGCACAAAAGGAGUGGUGGACAAAAGUGACAGAAAUAAACUUUUAGCAGCUGAAGCAGCUGCAGUUGGCUAUCCAGAUCCUCGCACUGGUAAACCUCUUUCUGUGUUUGAAGCAAUGAAGAUGGGAAUAAUUGACAAAAAGACUGGAAUAAGUUUGCUACAGGCCCAAGAAUCUGUAGGGGGGAUUCUAGAUCCAAACCUCAGUGUUUUCCUACCUAGAGACACUGCUAAAAAACAUAAUCUUUUAGAUCAAGAUAUUUGUCAUGAACUGGACAAGAGUCCUGUUUGUUACCUUGAUCCAGACACUGAACAGGACUCUAGCUACGGAAGCUUGAAGAAAAAAUGUAAAACGGAGCCUCACACAAGUCUUCUUCUAUUGCCACUUGCAGAUGGGAAAGAUCCUUCUAAACUAAUGUUUGAUGGUGUACGCAAGCCAGUGUCUGCACAGCAGUUGUUGGAAUGUGGUGUUCUUGACAAAGCAACAUUUACCCAGCUGAUUAAAGGUGAAAAAACUAUCCAAGAGGUGUCUGUGGAUAAAAAGACCUUCCUAAAGGGAAAUGGACCAAUAGCUGGAGUGGCAGCUGGACCAUCAGGUAAAACAACUUUAUCAGAUGCUAAGAAACAGAUGCUUAUGUCUCCAGAAAGUGCAGAUAAACUGUUAGAAGCUCAAGCUGCCACAGGUCAUAUAAUUAUCCCCACAUCAAAUCAGAAACUAACUGUGGAAGAAGCAUGUGCAAAAGGAGUGGUGGAUAAAUGUGAUAAAGAUAAACUGUUAGCAGCCGAAGCAGCUGCAGUUGGCUAUCCAGAUCCUCAAAAUGGUCAACCGCUCUCUGUGUUUGAAGCAAUGAAGAAGGGAAUAAUUGACAAAAAGACUGGAAUACGUUUACUACAGGCACAAGAGUCUGCAGGAGGUAUACUAGAUCCAAACCUCAGUGUUUUCCUCCCUAGAGAUACUGCUAAAAAACGUAACAUUUUAGAUCAAGACAUCUGUCGUGAACUGGACAAGGAGCCUGAGUACUACAUUGAUCCAGACACAGAGGAGGAUGCCAGCUAUGGAAAUUUAAAGAAAAAGUGCAAAACAGAACCUCACACAGGUUUACAUCUUUUGCCACUUGCUAAAAGAAGAGAUCCAUCCAAACUGAUUUUUGAUGGUGUACGCAAACCGGUGACAGCAAAGCAACUACUUGACUGUGAGGUCUUGGACAAACCAACAUUUAAUCAGUUGAUUAGAGGAGAAAAAACUGUUGCAGAGGUGUCUGUGGAUAGAAAGAUCUUCCUUAAAGGAAAUGGACCAAUUGCUGGAGUGACAGAAGGAGCUUUGGGCAAAAUAUCUUUAUCAGAUGCUAAGAAACAAAUGCUUAUGUCUCCAGAAAGUGCAGAUAAACUGCUGGAAGCUCAGGCUGCCACAGGUCAUAUCAUUGACCCCACAUCAAAUCAAAAACUAACUGUGGAAGAAGCAUGUGCAAAAGGAUUGGUGGACAAAGGGGACAGAAAUAAACUGUUAGCGGCUGAAGCAGCUGCAGUUGGCUAUCCAGAUCCUCGCACUGGUCAACCUCUUUCUGUGUUUGAAGCAAUGAAGAAAGGAAUAAUUGACAAAAAGACUGGCAUAGGUUUGCUACAGGCCCAAGAGUCUGCAGGGGGGAUUCUAGACCCAAACCUAAGUGUUUUCCUCCCUAGAGACACUGCAAAAAAACGUAACAUUUUAGAUCAAGACAUCUGUAAUGAAUUGGACAAAAAUCCCGAUUGUUACCUUGAUCCAGACACUGAACAAGACUCUAGCUAUGGAAACUUGAAGAAGAAAAGCAAAACAGAGCCUCACACAGGUCUUCUUCUUUUGCCACUUGUAGAUGGGAAAGAUCCUUCCAAAUUAUUGUUUGAUGGUGUACGGAAGCCAGUGUCUGCACAGCAGUUGCUGGAAUGUAGUGUUCUUGACAAACCAACAUAUACCCAGCUCAUUAAAGGAGCAAAAACUGUUGCAGAGGUGUCUGUGGAUAAAAAGAUAUUCCUAAAGGGAACUGGACCAAUUUCUGGAGUGACAGCAGGACUAUCAGGCAAAAUGUCUUUAUCAGAUGCCAAGAAACAGAUGCUUUUGUCUCCUGAUAGUGCAGAUAAACUGCUAGAAGCUCAGGCUGCGAUAGGUCACAUAAUUGACCCCACAUACAAUCAAAAACUAACUGUCAAAGAAGCAAGUGCAAGUGGAGUGGUGGAUAAAUGGGAUCAAGAUAAACUGUUAGCAGCUGAAGCCGCUGCUGUGGGCUAUCCAGAUCCUCGCACUGGUCAACCCCUUUCUGUGUUUGAAGCAAUGAAGAAGGGAAUAAUUGAUAAAAAGACUGGAAUAGGUUUGCUACAGGCCCAAGAGUCUGCAGGGGGUAUUCUAGAUCCCAACCUCAGUGUUUUCCUUCCUAGAGACACUGCCCUUUUAGAUCAAGACAUCAUUCGUGAACUAAACAAGAAUCCUGAGUGUUACCUUGACCCAGAAACAGAAUGUGACACCAGCUAUGGAACUUUGAAGAAAAAAUGUCAAACAGACCCUCACACUAGUUUGCUUCUUUUCCCACAAGUUCAAAGUAAAGACCCCUCAAAAUUAAUGUUUGAUGGCAUUCGAAAGCAAGUCUCAGCAAAGCAAUUGCUGGAAUGUGGUGUUCUUGACAAAUCAACAUUUGAUAAACUAGUCAAAGGGCAAAAAACUGUCCCAGAGAUUUCUGUUGAUAAGAAGAUAUUUUUGAAAGGGACUGGACCCAUUGCUGGGGUUGUAGCUGGCCAUCAAGAUAAACUAUCCUUGUCACAAGCCAAGAAACAGAAGAUCAUAUCAGAAGAAAGUGCAAAUUUACUUUUAGAAGCUCAGGCUGCCACAGGUUAUAUCAUUGACCCUAAAACUGACCAGAAACUUACCGUAGACGAGGCAUGUGUAAAAGGAGUGGUGGAUUCCAAAGACCAAACCAGAUUUUUGGCAGCUGAGUGUGCUGUUAUUGGAUAUAAGGACCCUUCUUCAGGCAAGCCAAUUUCAGUGUUUGAAGCUAUGAAAAAAGGACUUAUUGAUGAGAAGACGUGCUUACGUUAUUUGCAGGCCCAGGACUCAGUGGGAGGAAUUUUAGAUCCUAAUCUUGGUGUAUUCCUACCAAAAGACACAGCAAUUAAGCACAACCUUUUAGAUGAAAAACUUAGAAUUUCUCUAAAACAAAAUCCUGCUUGUUACAUUGACCCUGAAACUGAGCAUAAUAUCAGCUAUGGUGCUUUGAAGGCCAGAUGUAACACAAACACUCAAACAAGUCUACACAUUUUGCCAUUGUCAAAGAAGGUUGAUUCCUCCAAAUUACUUUUUGAAGGUGUACGCAAGUCUGUCACAGCACUGCAGCUUCUUGAUUGUGGGAUUCUGGACAAUCGAGCAUUUAACCAACUAAUGAAAGGGGAAAAAACUGUCUCAGAAGUUGCUGUUGACAAAAAGGUCUUUCUGAAGGGGACAGGAUCAAUUGCUGGUAUUGCAGCUGGACCUUUGGGAAAAAUGUCUUUUACUGAAGCAAAGAAACAAAAAAUUAUGUCAUCUGACAGUGCAAACAUGCUUCUUGUGGCCCAGGCAGCCACGGGUCACAUUAUUGACCCCAGAACUAAUCAGAAAUUUACGGUAAAAGAUGCAUGUGCCAGAGGAAUAGUGGAUAAAGAGGAUGAAUCUAUCUUGUUUGCAGCUGAGUGUGCUGCAAUAGGUUACAAAGAUCCAGAUAGUUCCAAAACUUUGUCAGCUGGUCAGGCAAUGAAAAAGGGCCUUAUUGACAAGGACACUGCUCUGCGAGUGCUUCAGGCUCAAGAGUCUGUUGGUGGAAUUUUGGACCCUACCCUGGGUGUGUUCUUACCCAAAAACAUAGCAAAGAAUCGGGAUCUAAUGGAUGAGGACCUACAACAAGCCUUGAAACAGUCUCCUGAGUGUUAUCUGGACCCAGAUACACAACAACCAACUACAUAUAUAUCACUUAAGAAAAAAUGUAAAUCUGAUCUAAGCACUGGACUUUUGCUUCUCCCUAAACCCAAACAGCCCCUUACUAUACAAGGACUUCGAAAUCAGGUAUCUGUCAUAGAGCUGGUUAAUGCAAACCUGCUAAGCAAAUCUGACAUGGACCAACUGAAUGCAGGUAAAUUGACAUGUCAGAACAUCGAGGACCGCCUGCGGUCAUACUUAAGAGGUUCCACCUGCAUAGCAGGAGUUUACAAUGAGGCCACUGAUAAAGUGAUGACAAUCUAUGAGGCCAUGAAAAAUGGAUUGCUGCGAUGUGGUACCACUCUUGAAUUGCUUGAAGCCCAAGCUGCCUCAGGCUUUAUUAUUGAUCCAGUUAAUAAUCUCUAUAUGACUGUUGCGGAAGCCUACAAUAAAAGACUUUUUGGGCCAGAAUUUAAGGACAAACUACUAUCUGCAGAAAAGGCUGUAACUGGGUAUAAAAUGCCUGGAACAAACAAGAUUAUCUCUCUCUUUCAGGCUAUAGAGAAAGGUCUAGUUGAGAAAGGCCAUGGCAUUCGUCUAUUAGAGGCCCAAAUUGCCAGUGGUGGCAUCAUUGAUCCUGAACACAGCCAUCGUAUUGAAGUGAAUGUUGCCUACAAGCGAGGUUACUUUGAUGAAGAAAUGAACAAAAUCCUGACUGAUGAAAGUGAUGAUACUAAAGGUUUCUUUGACCCAAACACAGAGGAAAACCUAAGUUAUCUGGACCUUAAGAAACGAUGUAUCACAGAUAAAAAGACGGGUCUCACCCUGUUGCCCAUCAUUGACAAGAAAAAACAAGAGUCAACCCAAAAGAACACUUUAAGAAAGAGGAGAGUGAUAAUUGUAGACCCGGACACAGGUAAAGAGAUGACAGUACGUGAAGCAUAUGACAAAGAGUAUAUUGACUAUGAUACAUACCUGGAGCUUGCAGAGCAAGAGUGUGAGUGGGAAGAAAUCACCAUUACAGCUCCAGAUGGUUCAACAAGGUUUGUUAUUAUUGACAGACGAUCUGGAAGACAGUAUGAUAUCACGGACUUGCUUGAAAAGCGAAUCAUCAGUGAAACCACUGUACAACAGUACCGCUCAAGAACCAUCACCCUAACACAGUUUGCAGAUAUACUCACUGAUAAGACCAAAAAUCUGUCGUUAUCAUCAACAAAAGUUACACCACCAGAAAUCUCUGGAACAUCAACAGUAACAUCAUCAUCAUCGUCGUCAGUGUUAUCAUCAUCAUCCAAGUUAAUACCACCAGAAAUCUCUGGAACAUCAAUGGUAUCAUCAUCAUCAUCAGUCUUAUCAUCAUCAUCCAAGUUAAUCCCACCAGAAAUCUCUGGAACAUCAAUGGUAUCAUCAUCAUCAUCAUCAGUCUUAUCAUCAUCAUCCAAGUUAAUACCACCAGAAAUCUCAGGCACAUUAUCUGGAACAAUAUCAUCAUCAUCAGUUUCCAAAACAUCACAAUCACAAUCUUCAAGUACAACUUUGGUGACAAAAUCCACCUCAAGAACAGAAACUUCUGUUCCCACAUCGCUGACAUCAUCUUCCUUGUCCUCCUUCUCAUCAACAGCUGUGUCAAGACCCUUAUCACCUACUUUUGCCAAAACAACUACGACAAAAACUAUUACUAUCACAGAACGAAGCUCUGCUGGCAGGACUGUCAAAAAUGUUCAAGAAUCUUGUGACUCCGGUAAGCAAACAUCCAGUGUAUCAAUCAGUCUGUCCUCUCCUUUUGAAACAGUGGGUGAAACUGAACCAGUGGGAGCCAUUUUUGAUACUGACACAGUAGAGAAGAUUUCCAUCACAGAGGCUUUAAAUCGUGGUCUAGUGGAUUCUAUCACUGCCCAAAGAUUGCUCGAGGCCCAAGCUUGCACUGGAGGAAUUGUCAAUCCCACAAAUGGCCAAAGAGUUAGUACCCAAGAGGCCUCCCGCAUGGGCAUAAUAACUGAAGACAUGGCCAACAAGCUUAAGCCUGCCCAGAAAGCCUACAAUGGUUUUGAGGAUGUAAAAAACAAAAGAAAGAUGUCAGUGGCUGAGGCCAUGAAGGAAAUGUGGCUCCCAUAUGAUGCAGGUCAGAGAUUCAUGGAGUUCCAGGUUGUAACAGGUGGACUAUAUGAUCCAGAAAAGGGUUGCAGAAGAAGCUUAGAGGAUUCUUUGAAAAUGGGCUGGCUGGAUGCAAGAGCAGCACAGAAGCUCCAAGACAACAAACACCACUCAAAAAUCCUGACAUGUCCCAAAAGCAAACUAAGAAUCUCUUACAAAGAAGCCCUUGACAACUGCCUAGUAGAAGAGGAGACUGGGGUGAAAAUGCUCCAAGCAUCAUCUGUGUCUUCCAGAGGAAUCAGCAGCCCCUAUAAUGUGUCUUCUGCCCCUGGAUCCUCCACGGGCUCCAGGAGUGGCUCACAACGGAGCUCCCGCAGGGGCAGUUUGGAUCUAGGCUCCCCAUUAACACAACACUUCAGUUUUAGCAGCUUCACCACCUCCUUUUCUUCAACUAAAUAAAUAAGGAAAGAACAAAGUUCUGCACAUGCAUGUGUUCUUACAAACCAGUUUGAAUUAAGAGAAUCAUUUGAUAUGCAUAAAAGUACAAAAUGAUUGAUGUGUGCUUACAGAGAAAUAGUUUUUAUUUCUCUUUAAUCUUCUUAGAGUUGUGCUUUGGUGUUUUAUGUUUUAAAAAUUUUAGGCAUGAUGAAGAUCACAUUUUUACCAAUUAAAAAUUAUUAAAGCCACAACCAGGUAUUUGGAUUGAAAAAAAAAUAAAUGUU